AUGGCUGCUAUUCGAGCUGUCCAAGUCGUGUUUCCUACUGCCGAUGUGAAGGGGUGUUUCUUCCAUUACUGCCAGGCGAUAUGGAGGAAGGUCCAGGAUCUGGGACUAGCUGUCACGUAUCGAGAAGAUCCUGAAGUCUGCAAUUGGAUAAGAAGAGCAGCUGGCCUACCCCUACUCCCCCAGAACAAGAUCCAGGACACGUGGGUUGACGCAAUGGACAACACACCAGAUGUACCAAGAGCUGUCGCCUUCAACGACUACAUCGUCACUACCUGGGUCGUCCACGGAGCACGAUUCCCCCUACCACUGUGGAACCAUCACGGUACAACAGGUCCCAGGAUGAACAACAACCUGGAAGGCUUUCAUAACCGACUCAACCGAGGUCUCCCUCACCGACAUCCCAACAUCUACCGAUUUGUGGAGGUAGUCAGGAAGGUGGAACAGGCAGAACGAGCUAAGAUUUUACAGCUCGACUUUGGAGCAGCUCCAAGAGGCAGGAAGAGAGUGUACAGAGAGGUGGAGAACCGUCUCUGCCGCCUGAAGGACGAGUUGAAUAGAGGAGAAAUCCCCAAUGCAGUUUCUAGAUGCGGUUGGCCAUCUCCUCAGGCUGGGAUAAAGAGUGAAUUGAACAUUUGA